AAGCACAGUCAGCCCAGUCAAGUCACGUGACUCUUGCUGUUGAUGGAGAUCGAUGGAUGGGUUUCCUGUGUUCACCUAGAGCUGCUAACACUUUACAGUCUUUAAGAGUUGCCUUAGAAAACAUGGUCAACCAAACGAUGGACACAACCAGAAGUCAUGAAGUGUUUGAAUUCAAUACCAAGUUGAUAGAGUCUGUACACAAGCGCCCAAACGGUCACAAUAAACUCAAACUGGCAGACUUUGGAUUAGCAGUAGAAGUUAAACUACCCCUCUUCACWGUUUGCGGUACACCCACAUAUGUAGCGCCAGAAAUCCUGGAAGAAGAAGGCUACGGACUCAAGAUUGACAUGUGGGCUGCCGGUGUCAUCACUUACAUCAUGUUAUGUGGUUUCCCGCCUUUUCGCAGCGCCAAGCGCGAUCARGAUGAGCUUUUUGAUUUGAUUCAAGCMGGAGACUUUGAAUUUCUUUCUCCAUACUGGGAUAAGGUGUCAAAUGACGCCAAGGAUCUCAUUUCUAACCUCUUGGUGGUGGACCCGCACAGAAGAUUCACAGCUGAGAAAGCGUUGAAGCACAAAUGGGUGAAAUUAAAGAGCCCGACUACUGGUGACCUGAGUAAAGCUCUUCUAAGCGAGGACGAAGCUGCAAGGAAGCGCUUCAAAGCCGCAGCGCUGGCCGUUCGAGGCGCCAAGAAGUUCGAGAACCUGGCAGAU